UCUCAGGAAGAGCUGAAGGCUGCCUACCGCCGGCUGUGCAUGCUCUACCACCCGGACAAGCACAGAGACCCAGAGCUCAAAACACAGGCUGAGCGGCUCUUCAACCUCGUUCACCAGGCUUACGAGGUGCUUAGUGAUCCUCAGACCAGAGCCAUCUAUGACAUCUAUGGGAGGAGAGGACUGGAGAUGGAAGGAUGGGAGGUUGUGGAGAGGAAGAGAACUCCAGCUGAAAUCAGGGAAGAAUUUGAGCGUUUGCAGAGAGAGAGGGAAGAGAGAAGACUGCAGCAGCGAACUAAUCCAAAGGGAACAAUUAGUGUUGGAAUAGAUGCCACUGACCUCUUUGAUCGCUACGACGAAGAAUACGAAGAUGUGCCCGGGAGCAGCUUUCCCCAGAUUGAGAUAAACAAGAUGCACAUCUCCCAGUCCAUCGAGGCACCACUGACUGCCACGGACACAGCAAUUCUGUCUGGUAACCUUUCCACCCAAAACGGGAACGGAGGUGGAUCGAUUAAUCUUGCUCUGAGACGAGUGACAUCUGCCAAGGGCUGGGGAGAGCUGGAGUUUGGAGCAGGAGACCUUCAGGGGCCUCUCUUCGGUCUGAAGAUAUUCCGUAAUCUUACACCAAGAUGUUUCAUCACUACAAACUGUGCCCUGCAGUUUUCGUCCCGCGGCAUCCGCCCCGGCCUCACCACGGUCCUCGCCCGCAACCUCGACAAGAACACCAUGGGCUACUUGCAGUGGAGGUGGGGCAUCCAGUCAGCCAUGAACACCAGUAUCGUCCGGGAUACAAAAACCAGCCAUUUCACCGUGGCUUUACAGCUGGGAAUCCCCCAUUCUUUCAUGAUGGUCAGUUAUCAGCAUAAGUUUCAGGACGAGGAUCAAACGCGAGUGAAAGGUUCUCUCAAGGCAGGUUUCUUCGGGACCAUAGUGGAGUACGGAGCAGAGAGGAAGAUUUCCAGACACAGCAUUUUAGGAGCCACCGUCAGCGUUGGUGUCCCCCAAGGAGUGUCUUUGAAAAUCAAGCUGAAUAGGGCAAGCCAGACCUACUUCUUCCCUGUCCACCUAACAGACCAGCUGCUCCCCAGUGCUGUCUUCUACGCCACCGUGGGACCUCUAGUUAUCUACUUUGCCAUGCACAGGCUCAUCAUCAGACCCUACCUCAGGGCACAGAAGGAGAGGGAGCUGGAGAAGCAGAGGGAGAACACGGCCAGCGACAUCCUGCAGAAGAAGCAGGAAGCUGAAGCUGCGGUCCGGUUAAUGCAGGAGUCCGUCCGGAGGAUAAUUGAAGCGGAGGAAGCCAGAAUGGGUUUGAUCGUAGUGAACGCCUGGUACGGGAAGUUUGUCAAUGACAACAGCAGGAAGAACGAGAAGGUGAAAGUAAUAGAUGUGACUGUGCCCCUGCAGUGCUUGGUGAAAGACUCUAAACUCAUCCUCACAGAGGCAUCCAAGGCAGGGCUGCCGGGUUUCUAUGACCCCUGCGUGGGUGAGGAGAAGAGUUUGAAAGUGCUUUAUCAGUUCCGAGGAGUCCUGCACCAGGUGAUGUCAGCUGACAACGAGGCCCUUAGGAUACCAAAGCAAUCUCACAGGAUCGAUGCGGACGGUUAACGGGAGAGCGGGCACCUCCGGAACGGCACCUGGGCCAACGGGAUCUGCAGAACCUCCCCCCCUGGACCCUACAGCUUUUGAACAGAGACACACACUUUUAUUUUUACUAUUCUCUAGCGGGCGGCGGUGUCCUGCCGGUUGUGUUAGGAGACAAAAAAAGGAGAGAACCUGCUUCUCCAGGUGGCUCCAAGGCAAUACUUCUCUGAAUUGUGGCUCGGUAACCAAUAAAGCAACGUGACUCUGAACGCGCAGUGCUCUCUGCUGAGGUUGUGCGAGUCCCUGCUGCUGCCGUUUGGUCCCUUCGUACACUCUCACCUGUAUCUUCUCGUGCUGAGCAGGGAAGAAGACCUGUUGUUCUCUUCCUGGGGCAGGGAACCUUCCUUUUUCUGCUCCUGAGGAGAAGUUCCGUUCUCUGGCCGCCUCCUGGAAAGGCCUCUGUGUAAAUCCCUUUUGUUGGAAAGAGGACAGAGAUUGUUUUCCACCUCCAAUCUGUAUUUGAAAUGUACUUGUUAAGAACAAGUAUGUUUGGAACGAAGUUCUUUGCCUUUCAUAGUAUCAUGGACCUCUUCAGCAUGAAUCCAUCCAGCUGCUCAUUUCAGACACUGCUGUUCCAGACAAGGACACGGGGGUGUCGUAGUCUCAUUAAUUCUCCUGCCACCCAGAACCACCUACUGUCACAGUUUUCAAGGAAAGAGGAAAGCAGAUGGGGAAGAAGGACAGCAAUCUGAUUCGUUUGGUUCUCAUGCUGCAACUGUCUCUUCCCAUCUCAUUUAUUUCUAGGAGAAAGAGGAAGGUAGUUUAUCCAGGUAGAGCAGGCCAGAGCGAGGAGAGAUGCCAGUGGGUAAAGAGCUGAAAACAUACAAUUUGGCUGCCCUUUCUGAAAAGCAACCAGUUUGGAUAGAAGUCCGUUGGGUCACUCUUGCAGUGAUUUCGCAGCAGGAGGGACAGUUCUGUCCUUGUGUGGGGCAGCAGGUCCCAGGUGUGUCCCAGGGAAAGGAGCAGGGGGGGCUACUGCUCGGUCCCACUCCCAGCGAGCCCCACAACAGCCCUCACUGCUCAGAGAUGGGGGGUAAAGACCCCCAUCCCUGGGUGGUGGGUGGUUGUUCUACACAACAACUGCCACCAACCAUUCCCUGACACCAACCUGGCCCCAUCUGCUGCAUGAAGGGGGUUCCUUCUGCUCCAUCACUGUGACAGGAGAAUUAGAGUCCUGAGAACAGACUCGUUUGAGCCAGUCUGAAAAGAGAUGCCCCUGCUCUAAAAAGAAGUCGGUACGGUGACGGGGUGUUUGCCUGCUUUUAUUAAAAACACACCAAAACUCUUCGUUUGUGACCAGCUCCCGGUGCAGGGUUUUAUUCCACUGAUGACCAGUGUUCUGUUGAUCUGAAAUGAAAUGUAAAACGUGCAAUAAAUUAUAUUCGGCUGAAAA